GCUAUUGGAAGGCCGGAGGGGGCGUGGCCAAUAGGUUUACUUUCUUAAUUAAAAGAACCUUUGGCGUUUGUCCGUCUGAUUGCGAGUCUUGUUUGGAGUGCACAUUUUGCCGGCUCAUCUGCAAAUGGCUUUGGUGGCGGCCAUGAAUGACAAUACCGUUCAGCAGCUGGACUUCUCGAGCUGCGGCGAAGACGAGAACAGCGACAGCAGCCUUGAUGACUGGGAGCUGAGGAAGGAGCACUACCUGGAUUCUGCUCCUGAAACCCCACAUGUCCUGCGCCACCAUGCCUACAGUGGGGUUGUUUCGCCUUCAAUCCACAGUUCGCCUCUACACUACGUCACCUGGAGAAAACUGAGGCUCUGCGAUUCACCCAGCACACCUAAAAGUCUGCUCUCCAAGUCAUCCCUGCCCAGUUCUAGCAGCAAACUGUGCAGUGGGCUUCUGCAUUUUCCCAGCUCUGCAGACGCCAUCCCCCAUGCCUACGUGCCUGCCGUCAACGUGAACCCUUUCACCCCCAACACCUUCCGCAAGGGCAGCGAACUCAACAAACGGAAGAUUGGGAGGAGUGAAGACAAUGAAGAUGAAGCUGUCCGCAGCAGAGGGAAAAGGAAUACAGGUUUGUUGGAUGAUGAGGAUUAUAUUCCACCAAAGAGGCAGGCGGUGCAGCCCUCUAUGCUGUCACGGUACGAAACGGAGUUCCUGGAGCUUGGCCGCAUCGGUGUGGGGGAGUUCGGGACAGUCUACAAGUGUGUGAAGAGGCUGGAUGGAUGUCUGUACGCCAUAAAGCGCUUGCGUCGCCCCCUUGCUGGGUCGGCUGACGAGCAGUUGGCUCUGAAGGAGGUGUAUGCCCAUGCCGUGCUGGGUCACCACCCCCACGUGGUCCGAUACUACUCUGCCUGGGCGGAGGACGAUCACAUGAUCAUCCAGAAUGAGUAUUGUGACGGGGGGAGUCUCAGUGAUGCCAUAGCAGAAAAAAAGGUACAUGGGGAGCUGUUUGGUGAGCCUGAGCUGAGAGAUCUCCUGCUGCAGGUGUCCAUGGGGCUCAAAUACAUCCACAGCUCUGGCCUGGUUCAUCUGGACAUCAAGCCCAGUAAUAUCUUCAUUUGCCGACAGCAUGCCUUCAGCGCUGAGGACAACGGAGGAGAGAGUGAAGAGGAUGAUGAUGGGAGUGCCCCAAAGGGCGUGGUUUAUAAAAUUGGUGAUUUGGGUCACGUCACGUCCAGCAGCAAUCCCCAGGUGGAAGAGGGGGACAGCCGUUUCCUGGCAAACGAGGUCCUGCAUGAGCGCUAUGAUCACCUACCCAAAGCGGACAUCUUUGCCUUGGGCCUGACCAUCCUGCUGGCUGCUGGAGCACCCCACCUCCCCCAGAACGGGGAUGAUUGGCACCGUCUGCGCCAGGCCCAGCUACCCCCCCUACCCCAGAAGCUCACCACUGAAUUUCUCAGCCUUCUCAAGGUGCUGCUCGACCCCGAGCCAACCCUGCGUCCGUCUGCAUCUGCGCUGUGCAGACACCCGCUGCUGCGCAGGGAAGGGGCUGGCAAGGUAGCCGCCCAGUUGCGCAAGGAGCUCAGUGUGGAGAAGUUUCGGACUGCCAUGCUGGAGAGGGAACUCCAGGCAGCCCGGCUGGCUUUUCUCUCACCCCAGCAGCAACAGCUGCCCCCAAUGCAGCAGGCCAGGUUGCAGCCCGGUUCGCUGCCCAGGGUGGACCGCAAACUGGUUGGUCGCAGGGUCACCAGGUCCAUGAGCUUCGACUGCCCGGGACAAUACAGCUGAGAGGGGUUCGUGUGGUGUCUCCCUUCCCAACUGCUAAGGCAUCUACUUUUUCAGCAGGCUGGCAUGAAUUAAGAUCCAUCCAGCAAUUAGGUGCUAAUUUUUCUAAUUUUAAGUACCUCUAGAUGUUGUUAAUGCAGCUACACUGGAAUACUGGAUUUGCAGUAUCUUUGCCAUGAUGCAUGAAGGCACCAACUAGUUUCAUUUUUAACAUGCUUUUAUUUUUUACUUAUGUAAAUAAAUGUUUUAUGUGUUUUAUCUGUA